AUGAUCUCCUUUGAGGCAAGCAAGAAGAUCUGCUCGCCCAAACAAGCAGCGCAGCUAAGCCGCGCCGUGGCACCCUUCUUCUAUCAAGCCCAUGCUGUGGGGCUUGGCUAUCCUGCCACGGUUCGUCUUGCUGCAAUCACUCGCCAGUCCCGGAUUUCUCUCCAGCCCACUCCUUCCGGCAAACGAAGCUUCUCGACGACAAGUGUGAACCAGCUCCGAGAUGUCUUCCCCGCCAAGGACACGCCGUUCAUACGCAAGACACCGCCAGCAUGGGAACACCCAGGCUACACCGAGGAGGAGAUGUUAGCAGUCGUGCCUGGUCACAGGUCGCCCGAGACUGUGGGCGAUUGGGUUGCGUGGAAGCUAGUCCGCUUGGCCCGGUGGGCGACUGAUAUUGCCACGGGUAUCGGACGGGAGCAGCAGGUCGAUAUGAAGAACCCGACCACCGCUGUAGCGGCAGAGAAGCCGUUGACAGAGGCCCAAUGGCUCGUGAGAGUCAUCUUUCUAGAAUCAAUUGCGGGCGUCCCCGGAAUGGUUGGGGGCAUGUUGCGCCACCUCCACUCUCUUCGCCGCCUCAAGAGAGAUAACGGUUGGAUCGAGACCCUCUUGGAGGAAUCAUUCAACGAGAGAAUGCACUUGAUGACCCUGAUGAAGAUGGCUGAAGUUGGGUGGUUCAUGAAGACGAUGAUCCUCGGGGCACAGGGCGUCUUCUUCAACGCCAUGUUUCUGAGCUACCUGGUCUCGCCAAAGAUCACCCACCGGUUUGUGGGCUAUCUGGAGGAGGAAGCGGUGCACACUUAUACUCGCUUGCUCCGCGAGAUCGAACAAGGUGACCUACCAAAGUGGUCCGACCCAGCCUUUCAGAUCCCGGAGAUCGCGAUCACCUACUGGCGCAUGCCCGAGGGGAAGCGGACGAUGAAGGACCUCAUUCUUUACAUCAGGGCCGACGAAGCCGUCCACCGUGGAGUCAACCAUACAUUGAGCAAUCUGAAGCAGAAAGAGGAUCCGAACCCCUUUGUUUCCGAGUACCGAGUCGGCGAAGAAAAGCACAAACCCAAGGCAGCCUUGAAGCCGGCCGGGUACGAGCGACGUGAUGUUAUUGGCUGA